UGUUCACGUGUACCGAAUCAAAAGCGUGUAAACAUACCAUCAUUUGUACACGGGUAGACGAUGGGGAAAAUAAAAGUUAGAAAUACUGCAAAGAAAACCAAGAGUGUAAAAAUUAAUGGGACAAAGAAAGGUAAAGUUAAGAAAGUAUUGAAAUCGAAAAACAAAAAUGUUUUUGGCACCUCAUCUGUGAAAAACAUUGUGAAAAAAGAUUUCCAAGAUGAUGACAUUGAAGAAACUGUAUCAGACCAAGAAACUGAGAAUGAUGAACAAAUAACAAAGGCAAACAGUAGUGAUUCAGGAAGUGAAUCUGAUUUUGAUAUGGAUGAGGAACUAAACAAAGCAGACUCAGAUGAGGAUCAAGAUGAACCCAAUGACUCAGAAGAUGAAGCUGAGCAACAUGUAAAAUCUUUGGCUAAAUUAAAAGAAACUGAUCCAGAGUUUUAUCAAUUUUUACAAGAAAAUGACAAGAAAUUGCUAGACUUUAAUCUAUCAGACAAUGAGGAAGACCAAGAAGGAGGUGAAGGGGAAGAAGUUGAUCCUCUUCAUAAACCAGAGGGUGACUUGGAAAUAGCCAGUGAUGAAAGUGACUAUGAGGGAGAAGAUGAAGGUCCUAAAGACAAUAGAGUAAUCACUUUAAAAAUGCUGAAAACAUGGAAAUCAGAUAUACAAACAGAUAAAACAAAUAAAACUAUAACAGCUGUUAUCCAAGCAUUCCAUGCAGCUCUCAGAAGAGUGUCUAGUGAUGAAGAUGCAGACGAUGAUCCUGUUGUUUAUAAAGUUGAGGGUUCUUCCGUUUUUAAUGGCGUUAUACAGUUGUGUGUCUUAGAAUUAGGAUUGGCUGUGAGAAAGUUUUUGGGCAUCACCCAGAAAAAUAAACUGGCACCGCAUAAAUCUAAAAAGUUUGCAAAGAUAAAACAAACGUUAAAAGGUUAUUUUAAAGAUCUUCUCAAGUUACUGAUGGGUGUAACAUCAUCCAACAUACAAACAGUUUUACUGAAACAUUUGCAUUACAUGGCGCCACUUUUAGUCUCCUUCCCAAACAUAACAAAACCGUUGUUGAAACGGUUGAUAUCUUUGUGGGGAACAGCCGAUGAUUCAGUUAGAGUUGUGGCGUUCUUUUGUGUUCUCCGAAUUACCAACAAUAAUCAAGCCGGAUUAUUGGAUACAACUCUCAAAUCAAUGUACAUAACUUAUGUAAAAAAUUCGAAAUUUGUGAGUGUCAACAACUUAGCAUCUAUUAAUUUUAUGAGGAGAUCUUUAGUCGAAAUGUUCUCUUUGGACGCUAAUAUGGCCUACCAACAUGUCUUUUUAUAUAUACGACAACUUGCGAUCCAUUUAAGAAACGCCAUAACUGUAAAGAAGAAAGAAAACAUUCAGUCAGUUUACAAUUGGCAGUUUGUCAAUUCCUUGAAACUUUGGGGAAUAUUAUUAGCAACAAAUUAUCAUAAAACCCAAUUCCAGCAGUUGGUGUAUCCAUUGGUUCAAGUUUGUUUAGGUACAAUUAAGUUGAUUCCAACUCCCCAGUAUUAUCCUUUAAGGUUUCAUAUUAUCCAAGUCUUAAUGGAUAUUUCUAAGAACACUGGAGUGUAUAUACCCAUUUUACCAUUUAUUCUUGAGGUUCUUUGCGGAUACGACUUCAACAAGAAACAUCAGAAAGUAUCUAUGAAACCUAUGAAUUUCACAUGCGUGUUAAGACUCUCAAAAUCACAACUUCAAGAGAAUGGUUUCAAAGAUGCAACCAUUGACAUGGCAUAUGGUAUUUUGUUGGAAUAUUUAAGCAGUCAAUCAAAUUCUAUAGCUUUUCCUGACUUGAGUCUUUUAUGUACAAUACAAUUAAGACAGUUUUUAAAGAAAAGCAAAAACGCCAAUUAUAGUAGAAAAAUCAAACAAAUCCUAGAAAAAAUUGAACAAAACAGUACCUUCAUACAAAACGAACGUAAAAAACAAACAUUCAACCUGACUGAUUAUAAACAAAUAGAAGGAUGGGAAUCCCAGAUCAGAGCUAAAGGUACACCUUUGUCCACAUAUUAUGAAAGCUGGAGUAAAUUGAACAAAAUAAAGAAGAAUAAACAAUUUACAAAUAACGAGGAACUGGGAGAAUACAAUUUACCAAAGUUAAAGAAAACCGAGAAGAAGGAGACAAAACCAGUCGAAGGACCUGUUGAACUAUUCCCAAGUGAUUCAGAAGAUGAGGGCGAGACGGUUCUGGAAAAAACGGGAGAAAAACGUAAAAGAGGCAAACGAGGUAGCAAAAAUAAUCCGAAAAUUGUUAAAAAUGAUAUUGGUUCAAUUAAUGAUACUGAUGAGAAGGAUAUUGUAGAAGAUAUUAAUCCUGAUGAUUGGUAAUUUUUAUGUAAUAUU